GUAUUAGGUUUUAUAUACAGCAAUAUUUCACUAAAAUCGUAACUGCAAUUUAUAUUCUUUAAUUUAAUCACCAUUGAAAAUAUGACUCAUAAAAAUUAUGAUGGAAAACAUUAUGAACUGAAAAAAUCAGACGUUAAAAUUGAUGGGAACCAAUAGGGCCCCGUUUAUUCUAAGUCUUGAAGCUACUUGAAAUUAAAUAUAAAAUGCACUAUGAUUGUAAAUAAUGUAUAUGGCAUUUGAAACUGUCUUGAGAAGUCGUUUUUUUAUAUGUAUAAAAUAUUGUAUUAUUAUAGUUCGUUUCAUCAACGCUGACGCGCAGAUUUGUCAGAUCUGACAUUUAAUAACAUAACAAUUCAAGGCGUAACAACGAGUCGAGGCACGGGUCUUCAUGAAUGACACAAUAUCUAUACCUAUAGUUACACAAUAUAUGUAGUGAAGAGCAAAUAUAAUUAACAAAUAUGUAAUGGUUAUUUUAAUAACACAAAUUCCGUGAGAUAACUAGAUAUUAAAUGUAUUAAAAGGAACUGACGUAUUUUAAAUCAAAUAUUACUCAACAUGUACGUUUCACUCCAUACUGAGUAGCGUCAUCGGGAACAUGCGUUGGCGGACCGAAGCUGACUUGCGGGCUGCCAGCUCUCAGCGGGAGACGACCGCGGCAUAGGAGGCAAGACACUACCAUCGUAUUCAGCAUUAUUCUCAAAUGAUAGGUUGGUAUGGGCACCCUCACUCCAUCUGAUUAUGAUUACUUAUUUACUAAAUGUAGUCGUAUUUACGUACCUAUUUAGAUUACAUUUUGUCCAAUACUGUUAAGUACUAAUGUCCGCGACCUAAAGUAUGUAAAAUUGAAAAAUAGGUUCGUCACUUACGCGGUUUUUGUAAAAUUUUGCUAGUUAUGUUCUUUUUAUAAGAAAAUAAAACAACUCUAUAGAAACUAUCUUCUUAUUCUAUGAGAGAGGUACAUGCUUAUUUUACUUAACUAUGUGGAUUUAUUUUAAUCCUCACAUCCGCUGCUGUAGUCAUCGCUAUCUACCUUCAGAGACGACGAUUAUUAAGACGUUGGAUACAAAAUGGAUUGGUAGAAUUGAUGGAUUGACCAAAAACUGCAACAUUUUCCUCAAGUCGCGUACUUUGUGAGAAUUUAGGGGAAGUGAAGACUCAUAAGCACGUUUUAAAUUCAAGUAUAUUAUAUUUAAAAUUAAGUCUUUUUACGUGAACCCAUACAGUUAUGUUCUUUUUGUAAAAAAAUAUAUAGAUAUGUAGUUUUUGUAAAAUGAGUAUAUUUUUAGGACUGAUUUUGGACAAUGGGGUCAUUUUUGGACACUAUAUUUUGCUCUACUUGUAUGUACAUCCCGCUCAGACAAACACUAAGAUACCAAUAACUCAAAUCUGCCAAAAAUGUUAGUUAUGUGGUUUUUGGUAAACAUGCUUUCAUUUUUCCUGUGGCAGGCGCAUGAUGGUUAGCGUUAUACAUGUGGGAAGUUAAACUUCAAUUUUUAUUAUCUUUAAAUUUUGAAUUGAGUUGGCUAAAAGAGACAUACACUGUCAUUAUCAAGCUGUAAAUUUUAUAACAAAAUUCCGUAAGUACAUGAAAAAAAGGUACUGUACGUUCUACUAAAAAUUCUAUUCCAUAACUAUUCCUAUGUAUGUCAUAUUAUUAACAAAUAUCUGGGAGACCAAGCUUUGCUCGGAAACAUAAAAACUCAAAAAUGUACGUUCUUCCAGAGAUAAGACAGCUUUCUAGAUCGAUUUUUGCUCCCGAAAACCCCUUUAUAGCAAAUUUCAUCGAAAUCGUCAGAGCUUUUCCGAGAUCCCCGAAAUGCAUACUAGAAUUGUUCGUUUAAAGGCAUAAAAUAAUAAGAGUUGGAAGUGACCACUUCUGACCCUUAGGGCUUGUGGCGUCGAUCCAGUGCCUGACAAGUGCUGCGCGCGUUUCUCGCGAGAGGUGCCAGAUUUCCCGCCAGUUUCCCAAGUGAUGCUGCGUAACGCGGACGGUUGCGAGGGAAAGUGCGCACAGUUUUAUCGAGUUAUUUACAUCAAUUUGUGGCAGAUACAAUUUACUCCGACCAAUUAUAAAUAUUUCAGCAGUCAAAUUUUUGAGCAUUAAUCUAUUCAUGUAAGAAAUCAAUAAAUUAAACUGUUUAAAGUUUUCUUCAGAUAAAACUAGAAUGGCGAAUCAAUGACACCGAUGCCUCCAGCAACUGAUCUUCACGUGCUAAAGGCGUGAAUAUGCCGGAAUGUUGAAUUACACUCCGCUCGUCGACAUACGAGAUUAUAAAUGCAGCCACAGAACUACCGCUGCAUGCGGGGAUUAUACAUUUGGUUUUCAGUGUCAAGACGGGGCAUAUCUAACUACACAGAAUUAUUAUCAUUGCAGUUUGAAUAUUGACAUUCAAAAUGAGACGUCUUAUUCUUGUAACAGGUGUUUCAAUGACACUUCGGGUAUUUACCUCAACAAUUCAUUCUGCAACGUUGACUUUAAACUAAAAAUACUGUCAGUUGUAUUUGAAAGUGCUUUAAAGGACUUAUGGCUUAGUCUUCCGGUGCUUCAAGCUUGCCAUUGGGACCAAUUAAAUUGUUUACACAAUCAUUUCGAUAGAAAUUAUAGCGAAAGCAGUUCUUCAGAAGUGUUGCAGUGUAAAUGGACGUUCGAAAAUGAUUCCUUUCAGCCCAUGACAAGAAUCGAGUACGAUUGGAGCUUUCUAUUUGUAAUCAUGUUUAUAAUAGCCGGUGGAGUGGGUAAUAUACUGGUUUGCUUGGCAGUGUGUUUGGAUAAAAGACUACAAAAUGUAACAAAUUAUUUUUUGUUGUCAUUAGCUAUUGCUGACUUACUUGUCAGUUUAUUCGUGAUGCCAAUGGGGGCAAUACCAGGAUUUCUGGGCUACUGGCCACUUGGCGUGGCGUGGUGCAACGUGUACGUGACGUGCGACGUGCUGGCAUGCUCCGCGAGUAUCAUGCAUAUGUGCUUUAUCAGCAUCGGCAGGUAUUUGGGUAUUCGUAACCCUCUGAAGAGUCGCCACCAUUCCACUAAGAGAGUUGUCAUAAUAAAAAUAGCAUUGGUCUGGCUACUAAGUAUGAUAGUAUCGAGUUCUAUAACAGUGUUGGGUUUAAUAAACAAAAAGAACAUCAUGCCGAAUGAAGGGCUCUGUGUUAUAAACAAUCGACUUUUCUGGAUAUUUGGCUCACUCGUCGCUUUUUACAUGCCGAUGUUGACAAUGGUAAUUUCAUUCGCACUGACGGUCCUCCUAUUGAAGAGACAAGCCAAACUGGCGGCUAUGCCAGUAGCAGGAGGCACUCAAAGAAGACUAUGCGGCGUCAACACUGGACAGCCUGGCAUACGGCGGGUCGGAGCUAGAAGUUCGCCGAAUCUAUCGACAAGUCGAUCAGUAUCCAGGCAGACUACUUGGAGGGUAGCGGGAGUGUCUGCAAGUGUUUCACAUCCGGAACUGAGCUACUUUAACGGCGCAGAAACGACAAGGAGUAAAAGAGCACGUAACGUUAGCACCCAGACACCGCCCAAUAUAGGAGUAGAAACUAGAAAGGCCAGGACUAGACCGCCGAAACUUAUACUUGCUCCAAAUCCAUUGACGUUAAGAUUUUUACCCUACCGGAAAAAGGACCGCGCGAUGACUGCUAAUGCCGUAGCAAAUGAACAAAAAGCUACCAAAGUACUCGGCUUGGUGUUUUUUACAUUCGUGAUAUGUUGGGCUCCAUUUUUCCUACUAAAUAUCCUAUUUGCUUCGUGUCCGACUUGUUCUGUUCCAGAUAACGUGGUGGACGUCUGCCUCUGGCUGGGAUAUGUCUCAUCGACUAUCAAUCCCAUCAUCUACACCAUUUUCAAUAGAACGUUUCGAGCUGCAUUCCUACGGUUGCUUUGCUGUCAAUGUUCAAGGCGCGGGCGCUGCACGCUGUAUAGAUCCGCGGUGGGGUCCACACGCAGCGCUUCGCAGUUAUGCGCGCAGUCGGCGUUACCGUUGGCUAUAUCACUCCGCCCCUCGAACAUGAAUGAAGGGGCAGUGCCCAAUACCAUCGAGACUAUUAUGAUUGAACCAACAUUGCCAAACUUUCGUCACUAUUAGUUACCUACUACAACGCUACCAUAUAUAAAUGUGAUCAAUAAAUUAUAAUACAGGAUAGCCCAAAAAUACGUUGACAAAAAUUUAUUAUUUUUAUACAGUACAAACGGUGCUAUUUUUUCGCACUAGUGCGAUAAUUAGCACAUUACGUAACUAUGACAAGAAUUUAAAAGGUCUACAAAUGUACUAUAAAAUGUUGUACGAUACAUGUGCGAAUAGGUAAUUCGCAACUCGUGUCGAUAUCAAACACUCCCUUCGGUCGUGUUUUCGCCACUCGUUUCGAAUUUCCUAUUUUUCGCAUUUGUAUCGUAAUGUACAAUUAUUACAUACCUACAUGAUAAUAUGAAGUUUUCCGCCCAAAAACAUAUUUAUUUUAAGAUAGUUUAUUUUUGUCUUUGAUAUGUAGUACUUACAUUUUAACAACCGUUUAAAAUUUUGAACGAUAUGCCGCAGCACCUCCAAGGUUAUUGAUGCCUACUCUUUGGUAAUUGUUGCUUUCUGAGCGUCUACACUUUUGUGUUUAGUGACAUUCUAUGGUUGACCACAAACUAUAAUCCAUUGGACCAGACGAGUAGGUUAGCCACUCUUUUGAGCUUAUGAAUUCGGAAAAAUUAUCUUUACACCACUACUGCACCCUACGGCACUACUAAUUAAUUCGUGCACUACCUGUUAUAAAAACUUACUGUUCGUUAUGUCCUGCUACCCUAAGGUUGUCUGGCAGAGAUGCUUACAGCGAUAAAACCGCCUGUUGCUACCUUUCUUGGCACUGUAAAUCUGUUUAUACAUUUGUUUUCUUUGUGGCGCAAUAAAUAAUAUUUACUUACUACGGGCCCUGUGAAAUGGUCAUGAUGGAAUUUUCACGGCUGGUUGCCAAGGAAGAAAUACGGCUCAACUGAAUACCUACGGCUUUUGGCUGUCAGGAAGCCUUUACAGGGCGACUAGAAGAGUACAUUCUCUGUCAUUUUGGUGAUUUGGUAAAAAUAUUUUUUCCACUUUUCAGUAGCAGCACGUUGCUUAUUUGAAAGACGCACAUAUCUGUCGGCGAACAACAAUACCUAAUAACUAAAUCCUUAAAACAAACUAUUUCAAAAUGUAUAAGAAUAUAACAGAAAACCAAAUGAAUUCGUACAGACGUCUAAGUUCAAAGUUUUUAUUUAUUAAUUUUAUCAACGUACGUUUGGGUCACGGUGUAGGGGAGACUUGGAUAUUUCGUACCACCCCUAGUUUUCCCAUUAAACCUUUGAACGCCAAGAGCCACUAAAGUGGUCGUGUGCUGUUGUGCCUACUACGCCAACGACCACUAAAGGGGUCAUGGCAGAUGCUGUCAAAGCACUUUUUCUGUUGACAGAUAAGUUUUAAAUUCGUUUCUCACUAGUUGCGAAAGCGUUCAAAAGUUUAAACAAACUAGU